AUGUCGACAUCACACAGCAGUAGCUCGGGGUCGAACGUGGUUGGAGUGCACUACAGAGUAGGCAAAAAGAUCGGAGAAGGCUCCUUUGGCGUAAUCUUCGAAGGAACGAACCUGCUGAAUAGCCAGACAGUAGCCAUUAAAUUUGAACCUCGGAAAAGUGAUGCUCCUCAGCUGCGCGAUGAGUACAGGACCUACAAGAUUCUUGCUGGAUGCCCUGGUGUGCCUCAGGUCUAUUACUUCGGGCAGGAAGGCCUUCACAACAUCCUGGUCAUCGACCUGCUUGGCCCUAGUCUGGAAGACCUCUUCGAUAUGUGCGGACGCAAAUUUAGCAUCAAGACUGUUGUCAUGACUGCCAAGCAAAUGAUCACCCGGGUCCAAGCGAUCCAUGAAAAGAACCUGAUCUACCGCGACAUCAAACCAGACAACUUCUUGAUUGGCAGACCGAUGACCAAAUCUGCCAACACCGUCUGGGUGGUUGACUUUGGGAUGGCGAAGCAAUACCGGGAUCCCAAGACCAAGCAGCACAUCCCGUACCGCGAGCGCAAAAGUCUGAGCGGCACGGCUCGUUACAUGUCCAUCAACACUCACUUGGGUAGAGAGCAAAGCAGACGUGACGACCUCGAAGCGCUUGGACAUGUGUUCAUGUACUUCCUGAGGGGCGGUCUGCCAUGGCAAGGACUCAAGGCGGCAACAAACAAGCAAAAGUACGAGAAGAUUGGAGAGAAGAAGCAGAGCACACCUAUCAAGGAGCUCUGCGAGGGCUUCCCAGAAGAGUUCGGUAUCUAUCUGAACUACGUCAGAAAAUUGGGCUUCGAGGAGACACCCGAUUACGACUUCUUGAGGGAGUUGCUAAGCAAAGCGCUGCACGGAGAGCAAGAAGAUGGCGUGUAUGACUGGAUGAUGCUGAACGGCGGAAAGGGUUGGGAAGCAGGCACGAGCAAAGACCGUCGUGAUGAGCGCGAGCGGUACAGAGACCCCCGAGAUCACCGAGCGUCUCACGCCCAACAAGCCGCCGGGGCUGGCGGUGCUGCCGGCGGUGCUCUCGCGGCGCCUCAGCAACAGCUUCAACGCAGCGCGUCCAAGCAGGGACGCAAGUCUGGCGUCCCUGCCCAACUCGUACCAGGCAGCGGUGCGGACAGCCGCGCCGCAUCUGGCGCUCUGCGUCCACCCGGCGCAGACUUUGCCAACAACGGCAACUCGGCUUACGGCGCAGGAGGUCCAGGACCUGCAGGAUCCAAUGUAGCCGUUCACGGUGCGCAAGUAGCAGCGACCGGGGACGCUCUCAACACACCCAGGGACAGCCACGCGGGCGGUCUGUCAUCUGGAGCUGGCGUGCCCAAUGGCACUGGCGGAAUCGAAGGGGGAAGGCGAUUGGAUGGUCGAGGACCUGUGCAAGGCGGCUUGGCUGGUAGCGAAGCUCACCAACACGCUCAUCCCGCCGAAAGGAGAGGCUUUGGCGCCAAGUUGGUCGACUUCCUCACCUGCAGGUGUGCUUAG